UAAAACCCCAACUUCUCAUUCCCUAACCAAUGAAUCGCUCCCAUUAGUCUCUGAAUUACAAGCUUUUCCAAAAUCUACAUCAAUGGCUUCUUCGAUCGCUCUCCGAAGGCUCGCUGCUAACUCCGCCGCUAAGCUCUUCAAUCCUGUUCGCUCAGCUUCUGUUCUCCCAUCUGUCGGUCGUUCGUUCAACACUAAUGCUCAGAUGACCAGCUACAAUGACGACGAACGCUCUGUUGAUGUGGACCGCCGCUCUGACCGCUCUCUCUCUCGUUCUUAUGAUCGCUUUCCUGGUUUCGCAGGUAACGUGUUCGAUCCGUUUUCUCCGACACGAAGCCUAAGUCAGGUUCUGAAUCUGAUGGAUCAGUUCAUGGAAGAUCCAUUACUGGCAGCUUCACGAGGAGUAGGAGCAGGAUCCAGGAGGGGAUGGGACGUGAGAGAAGACGACGACGCUCUGUACCUGCGAAUGGACAUGCCUGGGCUGAGCAAAGAAGAUGUGAAGGUGAGUGUGGAGCAGAACACUCUUAUUAUCAAAGGUGAGGCUGCGAAAGAAUCCGAGGACGAAUCUGAUCGGAGACGAUUCUCGAGCCGACUAGAUUUGCCUGCUAACCUCUAUGAACUGGAUUCAAUCAAAGCAGAGAUGAAAAAUGGAGUUCUGAAAGUAGCUGUGCCAAAGGUGAAAGAAGAAGAGAGGAAGGAUGUGAAGCAAAUUACUGUUUCGUAGUUCGACAAAGCCAGCAGACGAAAAUGGUGACUACUACACUCUGUUGUUUUCACACUGUAGACUGUAGAAUGUAGAGCUUUCUCUUUGCUUUUGCUUUGAUCACUUUCAUGGAGGUGUUUGUCGUAGCUGUCUGGAUGUGGAGAUUUUCAAUAUAAUGUGUGAAUUUCAAGC